AUGCGGACUCUCUCCGGCGGACUGGCGCUGGCGCUGACCACCCUCUGCAUCAGCCACACACACGCCGUAUCACCAUCAGAAUACCGCGAUGCCUGCCCGGACUAUCUACACUACUCCCGCGUCAAGCAUGGCCCACUCAGCAAUGGCCCCAUGAGACUUCCCUACCAACGUCCGGCGAAACCAUGCCGGACCUUUACAUCCUCCCUUGUGGAGAAGAUCAUCAACGACAUGAACACCAGUCUCGUCGAUCGAGAUCUCGCACGGCUAUUCGAGAAUGCCUUUCCCAACACUCUCGACACGACGGUGAGAUGGCAUGUUGACUCGACGCAGAAAGGGCAUCCCGAGAAUGCGUUCCAACAGAUGCUGGACUUUGGAGACCCGGACGCCUGGGAGGGACCGCAGAGUUUCAUCGUGACGGGCGAUAUCAAUGCGGAGUGGUUGCGGGAUUCGACCAACCAGUUGGCGCAGUAUCAGCGGCUUGCGAAGAGUGACAAGGAUAUUGAGAUGCUGAUUCUCGGGGCGAUCAACACGCAAGCGGAAUAUGUCAUCGCCUCACCCUACUGCAACGCCUUCCAACCACCACCUCCCAGCGGCCUCCAACCCAGCAACAACGGCCAAAACGACAACGUUCACCCCGUCUACGAACCCAGCCAAGUCUUCGAAUGCAAAUACGAACUCGACUCUCUCGCCCACUUCCUCUCCCUCUCCAACCAAUUCUACGCCUCCACUGGUUCCACCGCCUUCCUCACUCCCCGCUGGUACACCGCACUCUCCUCCCUCCUCAAAGUCCUCGACCAACAAUCCCGCCCCACCUUCACCGAAUCCACCGGCUCCUUCGAACCCCAAACCUACCGCUUCCAACGCUGGACCGACGCCGGCACCGAAACCCUCCCCCUCUCCGGCAACGGCAACCCCCUCAACUGGUCCACCGGUCUCAUCCGCUCCGCUUUCCGCCCCUCCGACGACGCCACCAUCUUCGGCUUCUUCAUCCCCGCCAACGCCAUGAUGUCUGUCGAACUCAAACGCGCCGCAGCCAUGCUCACCGCCGCGGGCAAACCACACAUCGGCCAAACGCUCAAGAACCGCGGCGAGAUCAUCGAAAAAGGCGUCUGGGAACACGGCGUGGUACACCACAAAACUCACGGCCCGGUCUUCGCUUUCGAAGUCGACGGAUACGGCUCCGCUUUACUCAUGGACGACGCGAACCUCCCUUCCCUCCUCGCCCUUCCUCUUCUCGGCUUCUUGAAGCGGGAAGAGCGAACCUACCAAAACACCCGCAAAAUGAUCCUCAGCAAAGCAGGAAACCCUUACUACCUCACCGGCUCCGUCUUCAGCGGUAUCGGCGGUCCACACGUGGGACUAAGGAAUGCGUGGCCGAUGAGUUUGUUGGUGCAAGCGAUGACGAGCGACGAUGAUGAGGAGAUUAGAGGGUGUUUGGAGGCGGUGAAGAAGGUCAGUCCGUUGGGAUUGGUGCAUGAGAGCGUGAAUGUGGAGGUGAAGAAGGAUUUUACGAGGAGUUGGUUUGCGUGGGCGAAUAGCGUGUUUGCGCAGACGAUUUUGGAUUUGGCGGAGAGGAAGCCGCAUUUGUUGUUCAAGGAGGGGAGGGGGAAGUAUGUUGUUGGGGAGGAGGGUGGGAAGGAAGCUUGA